AUGGGCAAUUCGAGCCUCGAGUUCUUGGACGUCAGACUGCUCUGUUUGCUGUCCAUGUUUUGCAUGGCAAGUGGUUUCGGUAGAGGAGUCAAAGCAGAAGGAAGAAGCCUCUUGCAGCAUCACAACAAGGCUAAGAGCUCUAAUCUUUUCAACGUCAAGAGCUUCGGCGCCCGAGCAGACGGCCGAACUGAUGACAGCAAUGCAUUCACAGCGGCAUGGAAGGAGGCAUGCCAGUCCACAGGUAGAGUCCACCUUAUAAUCCCGAAAGGAACUUACACGAUCGGCCUUCUGAGAUUCUCCGGCCCCUGCGUAAAUGUUACGUCUCUGAAUUUUCGUGUGAAGGGUUACUUGAAGGCUACAACUGACUUGCGCAAGUUUGGAUCGGGGGGUGGUUGGAUUGAAUUCGCGUGGAUGAAAGGGCUGACCUUGACCGGAGGUGGAACCUUUGAUGGCCGAGGGGCUCACGCCUGGCCUCACAACAAGUGCAUCACCAACUCCAACUGCAAACUUCUUCCAACUAACUUGAAAUUUGUGGCACUUAACAAGACAGUUAUCCGUGGCUUAACUUCCGUGAACAGCAAGUUCUUUCACAUAGCUCUUGUAGAAUGUCACAAUUUCAAAGGUAGCGGGCUCUAG